CAGUUCAACGAAGUCCCACCCAAAUAGACUACACCUCUUACCUCCCCUGGACGUAAAGUGGGGGUAGAUACAUCACAUAAAGGGGUUCGCCCAAGACUAUGGAUACAUUUCUUCUCUAAUUUCAUUGAAUAUAACACAUUUUGGAAACAAUGCGACCUGAAACUGGAAUAGUUAUUGCUGCCUUGUUCUGCAUGGGCUGCUGCGUGACACUGACAGCGCACAAGAAAGUUUGUCAGGGGAUCAGCAACAGGCUGACACUGCUGGCGACUGUAGACGACCACUACAACAACCUUGUGAAGAUGUACAGCAACUGUACCGUGGUCCUGGAGAACCUAGAGCUCACCUACAUCCAGGACUACCACGACCUCUCCUUCCUCAAGUCCAUUCAGGAGGUUGGAGGAUACGUUCUGAUCGCCCUCAAUAAGGCAGCCAGCAUCCCUCUCGAGAACCUGCGUCUUAUCCGAGGACACUCCCUCUUCCUUGACAAGUAUGCCCUGACUGUAACAUCCAAUUACGAGAAGAAUCACUCCUCUGUGACCCUCAACUACACCCGGGGCCUGAGGGAGCUGAAGCUGAGUGGGCUGACAGAGAUUCUCAAGGGAGGUGUGAAAAUUGCCCACAAUCCUUUGCUGUGUAAUGUGGAAACCAUCCAGUGGUGGGACAUGGUAAAUAAGGCCAUAAACCAUAGUAUGCACUUCAAACUGGAGAGCUAUGGCCGUUACUGUGACAAGUGUGACCCAGGAUGCUACAAUGGAUCAUGCUGGACCUCAGGACUGGAGAACUGUCAAACCUUUACCAAGCUGACGUGUGCAGAGCAGUGCUCUGGAAGGUGUAGGGGUCCUAAACCCAGUGACUGCUGUAACGAACACUGUGCUGCAGGCUGCACCGGCCCUAGGCCUACAGAGUGUCUGGCUUGUAGAGACUUCCAGGAUGAUGGCACAUGUAAGGAUGCCUGCCCCCCUACCAUGCUCUACAAUCCCAACACCCACCAGUUGGCUUCCAACCCUAACGCCAAGUACACAUUCGGGGCCACUUGUGUGAAGGACUGCCCACAUAAUUAUGUAGUGACGGACCACGGGGCGUGUGUCAGAACGUGUAGCGGCAACACACACGAGGUGGAGGAGAAUGGUGUCAGGAGGUGCAAGAAGUGUGACGGAAUCUGUCCGAAAGUUUGCGAUGGACUUGGAAUGGGGCUGCUUACUAAAGUGUUGUCAAUCAACGCGUCUAACAUUGAUUCUUUCAAAAACUGCACCAAAAUCAAUGGAGCUGUUUCAAUUAUGCAGACAUCUUUGGAUGGUGAUAGGUACACAUCAACACCAAAAAUGGACCCCGCCAAACUGGAAUAUUUCAAGACUGUGAAGGAAAUUUCAGGGUUUUUGCUGAUACAAGCUUGGCCCGAGCAUCUCAACUCUCUCAGUCCAUUUGAAAACCUAGAGAUUAUCAGAGGAAGGACCAAACAGUUUGGUCAGGUGAGUUUCGCUGCCCUGAACUUGGCCCAUCUGAAGUAUCUAGGCCUCCGCUCCCUGCGAGAGAUCAGCGAUGGCAAUGUUGUGGUGAAGAACAACCCCCAGCUCUGCUACACCAACGGAGACCACUGGAAGAGCCUGUUUAGAUUGGGCAAACAGUCCUCAACAGUGGGCAACAACGUCAACAUCAGCACCUGUGCCAAGCUAAACAGUACCUGUGAUGAGAUGUGCACUGACGAUGGUUGCUGGGGGCCCGGCCCCACCAUGUGUUUUACAUGCCUGAAUUACACCCGUAGGGGGCGCUGUGUACGGGCCUGUCACCUACAGGAGGGGGUGCCACGAGAGUAUGUAUUGAAUAACAGGUGUCUAGAAUGUGACCCAGAGUGUAUGGUGAAUGGACCACAAAGCUGCUUUGGACCAGGCCCUGACAAAUGUUUGGCGUGCGCUCACGUCAAAGAUGGCCCCCACUGUGUAUAUCAGUGCCCACACGGCGUUCUCGGGGACGGGGAUAGGCACAUCUGGAAAUACACCGACAAGAAGCGAGAAUGUCAGCUCUGCCAUGAGAACUGCACCCAGGGAUGCUCUGGACCUGGACUGAGUGGCUGCAGCACCAGAGGUGGUCACGUUGCGUCGGUGGUGGUGGCCAGAGUGGUGGGAGGCCUCCUAGUGUUUGUGGUCCUCGCCCUGGGUGUUUUUGUGCUGCUCCGCAGACGCCACCUCGUCAGGAAGAGGACACUGCGCCGUCUGCUGCAGGAGAGAGAGUUGGUUGAACCCCUGACCCCAAGUGGAGAGGCACCCAACCAGGCCCUGCUCCGCAUUCUGAAGGAAACUGAGUUCAAGAAGAUCAAAGUGUUGGGAUCAGGGGCCUUUGGAACUGUCUUUAAGGGCAUGUGGAUUCCUGAGGGAGAAAACGUGAAGAUCCCUGUUGCCAUUAAGGUGUUGAGAGAGGCCACUUCACCAAAAGCCAACAAGGAGAUUCUAGAUGAGGCCUAUGUGAUGGCUAGCGUGGAGCACCCCCAUGUGUGUCGUCUACUGGGCAUCUGCCUGACAUCCACGGUGCAGCUCAUCACCCAGAUCAUGCCCUACGGCUGUCUGUUGGACUAUGUCAAGGAGAACAAGGACAACAUCGGCUCCCAGUGCCUGCUUAACUGGUGUGUGCAAAUCGCCAAGGGUAUGAACUACUUGGAGGAGCAUCACCUGGUGCACCGUGACCUGGCGGCCAGGAACGUUCUGGUGAAGACGCCUCACCACCUCAUCACCGAUUUUGGACUGGCCAAGCUGCUCACCGCAGACGAGAAGGAGUACCACGCAGAUGGGGGCAAGGUGCCCAUAAAGUGGAUGGCACUGGAGUCCAUCCUUCACUGGACCUAUACACAUCAGAGCGAUGUGUGGAGCUACGGUGUGACAGUGUGGGAGCUGAUGACAUUUGGGUCCAAGCCCUACGAUGGCAUCCCGGCCAUUGAGAUAGCUGGAGUCCUGGAGAAAGGAGAGCGCCUGCCCCAGCCCCCCAUCUGUACCAUAGACGUCUACAUGAUCAUGGUCAAAUGCUGGAUGAUCGAUGCAGAGAGCAGACCACGGUUCAGGGAGCUCAUCUCAGAGUUCUCCAAAAUGGCCCGGGAUCCAUCUCGCUAUCUGGUCAUUCAGGGGGAUGAUCGCAUGUACCUGCCCAGUCCCACGGAACCUAUGUUCUACCGUAGCCUGAUCAGUACAUCAGAGAACAUGGAGGAUGCUGAGGAGUAUCUUCACCCCUAUAAGGAUCUCUCCACCAGACAGACCACCCAGCACCACAACUCUAGGAAUGGCCAUCCAAUGAGAGAGAACAGCGUGAUCCUUCGCUACAUCACAGAUCCCACCCACGGUGGUUCUCUAGAGGAGGACAUCACAGACCCCAACCACGGUGGUUCUCUAGAGAAAGAUUUCCCAGCUCUUCCAGAAUACCUUAACCAGAACGGGAACACCAGGCUCUCUGACGUCUUCAACCCCAGCUAUGAGGGCCCCACUGAGCCAGCCUGGGCUAGUAGGCCCUCCUCUGGGUACGACCCUGACGUCAAGUUCUUCAACUUCCUGCCGUGCGUGCUGGAGAUCCCUGAGUACCACAACAUGGCCCGCAGUACCCUCCCUCGCUCCGUCGGCGAGCGCAUGGACAACCCAGACUACCAGGAGGACUUCCUGCCUCAGGCCACACCCACCAGAAGUCACUUCCUGCCUGCAGUAGAGAACCUGGAGUACCUCGGGUUGAGCGCUGCUGUACACGCCCCUGUACGCUAGGGGUUUCCUCCCACAGAACACAGGGACAGUGAGGGACUAUGGGACCUAAAGGAACUUGGAUGGAGACAGAUGUGGGACAUCAGGGAAGGGUUUGGAGAGAUUACAGUAGGGUGGUUGUCCCUUUAUUUAUGGAGUGAAUAGGCUUUUUGUGUCGUCCUUGGAUGUAAGUCAGCUGAAACCAAGAUGGCGUCUGUCAUGAAUUGAUGCUCCUGGGAAAUGUGUACUCUAUUUCAAAUCCAUGAGGCAUCCACAGGUGAGUUUGGGUGACUUUCCAAUCAGAAGAAUGAGCCAAAGCCUUGACAAUACAAUUAUGUCACGCAAGUAAUUUAUUUGUACACUGUUGUUUGAUCAGUUCGGGUCGAGUGUGUGAAACAGUUGUUUUUUUAUUUGUCUUGCCAUGAAAUGUGAAUGUGGAGUGAACUGAGUACACACUGAGAUACUGACCAUUAAGGUCAGUGGUGGACCUUAUGCUUACAUUGUAUUGUGGACAGUUUAUUAGAGCUUUUUACUGUUGUACACACUUGAAGACCAAGAAAUGAUUUUGGGUACCGAGAGCUACUGGUAACUAAGAGGGUAAAUUCAAAGUAUUUUCAAAAAACGACACACAAAUGUACAGAUUGUGUUAGGCGUGCAUUGAUCUACACAAAAACGGUAAAUAAUGGCGACCAUAUUCGGGUCUCACUCUUUAUCUUAGAAAGAAAACUGGUUUGUGAGUCUUAACUCUUGCUAGUAUUAAUAAUUGCAAUAAGGAUGGAAAACUGGAAGAGCACAAAUAGACACUAUAAAAGAACUCUAUGGGUGGAGAACGAUUAAAUGAAGGUGUGGCGGUGUGAAUUAAUGCCACCACCUCAAACCCCUCCCCCAUUCAUGGUUUCCUAGCGUGUAAAGAUGGUGGAAUUAAUUAGAGAAUAUAUUUUUUUUUUACUAAGUCUGGCUUUCAACUUACUCUUGAAAGUUGUAAUAGUAGAUGCACAAGGUGAAAUUUCAAAAUUGGGUAGUAAAGCCUCAGUUUUCCUCUUGUCAGUCAUUGCAUACCUUGCGAGCUAUUUAUAACUAAAGUCAAAUGUCCAGAUCAACUAGACCGUGUCAGCUGAAGUUUUUUAGCUCGGUUUUUUUGUCUAAGAAAAAGCAUGAUCUGGCGUAUAUUCUGAAAAAAACAUGUUUUAGUGUAGAGGUGCAGACUAAGGACGAAUAAACUGUAAGCUAUAAAAAUUGAGUUUAUAUAUGAACUCCCAGUAACUUAUUGGGUAAAACAACAGGGUCACCCUGAAGAAGGCAGAGUGAUGCCGAAACGUUGGUGGUUUACCCAAUAAAUUACUGGGAGUUUAUAUAUAGAGUGUGCAAUUCUUUAUUUUUAUAGCUAGGUUUUUUUAGCUCAUAGAUUUUGUUGUCAUGUUUGAGUCACUCAAAUCACAUGAAUAUACAUUAGGCAUGACAAAAUGUGUAGAAUUGCAGGAAAUAAACUUUAAACCUUACAUUUUA